CGCAGCGCUCCAUGCCUGUGUGGUGCUGCUGCUGCUCCCUGGCCGGUCAUUUCAGAAAUUACAGUGACACUGAAACUGAAGGAGAGAUUUUUAAUUCCUUAGUGCAAUAUUUUGGUGAUAAUCUGGGGCAAAAAGUUAAAGCGAUGCCAUUGGUUGAAGAAACUUCUUUACUUGAAGAUUCGUCAGUGACUUUGCCUGUGGUAAUAAUAGGAAAUGGACCCUCAGGAAUAUGCCUUUCUUAUAUGUUAUAAGGCUACAGACCAUAUUUAUCAUCAGAAGCAAUACAUCCAAAUACAAUUUUACAUAGUAAAUUAGAAGAAGCAAGACAUCUUUCCAUUGUUAAUCAGGACUUAGAAUACUUGUCUGAGGGCCUUGAGGGCCGAUCAUCCAAUCCAGUUACAGUACUUUUUGACACACUUCUUCAUCCAGAUGCUGACUUUGGGUAUGAUUAUCCAUCCAUUUUGCAUUGGAAAUUAGAGCAGCAUCACUAUAUCCCUCACUUAGUUCUUGGUAAAGGUCCACCUGGUGGGGCGUGGCAUAAUAUGGAAGAUUCCAUGUUGACAAUCAGCUUUGGAAAUUGGAUGGAGUUUCCUGGACUUAAAUUUAAAGAUUGGAUAUCUAACAAAAGAAGGAACCUAAAGGGGGAUCGAGUUAUGCCAGAAGAAAUAGCUCGCUACUAUAAACAUUAUGUAAAAGUCAUGGGUCUUCAGAAGAAUUUCAGAGAGAAUACUUAUAUAACCUCUGUAUCAAGACUCUACAGAGAUCAGGAUGAUAAUGAUAGUCAAGACUCAGAUAUUUCAACAAAGCAUUUACAGAUAGAAAAGUCAAAAUUUAUCAAGAGAAACUGGGAAAUCAGAGGUUAUCAGCAAACAGCAGAUGGUUCUCAUGUUCCCUUUUGCCUCUUUGCUGAGAAUGUAGCUCUAGCAACUGGAACAUUGGAUUCUCCUGCUCAUCUCGAAAUUGAAGGGGAAGAUUUUCCUUUUGUGUUUCAUUCAGUGUCUGAAUUUGGAGCUGCUAUAAGCAAAGGAAAGUUAUGUGGCAAAGUGGAUCCAGUGUUAAUUGUAGGUUCUGGGCUUACUGCAGCUGAUGCAGUACUAUAUGCUUACAACAAUAAUAUCCCUGUGAUCCAUGUGUUUCACAGAUGAGUAACUGAUCCAAGCUUAAUUUUCAAGCAGCUUCCCAAAAAGCUUUAUCCUGAAUAUCAUAAAGUCUAUCAUAUGAUGUGUACUCAGAUAUAUUCUGCUGACUCAAAUCUUUUGUCUGAUUAUACCAGUUUUCCUGAGCACCAUGUGCUUUCCUUUAAGUCGGACAUGAAAUGCAUUCUUCAAAGCAUCUCUGGAUUGAAGAAAAUAUUUAAGCUGUCUGCAGCCAUGGUAUUGAUAGGUUCUCAUCCUAAUCUUUCUUUUCUAAAGGAACAAGGGUGUUACCUAGGCCAUAACUCAAGCCAGCCAAUCACAUGUAAGGGUAAUCCUGUGGAAAUAGAUGCAUAUACCUAUGAAUGUGUUAAAGAAACCAACCUUUUUGCAUUGGGCCCUUUGGUCGGAGACAAUUUUGUUCAAUUUCUAAAGGGAGGAGCAUUGGGUGUUACACGCUGUUUAGCUACAAGACAGAAGAAAAAGCAGCAUUUGAUUAUUGAAAGAGGAGGAGAAGAUGGGGUAGCUUAAAACAAGUUUACAAAUAAUUUAAAUGGACACUUUACCAUUAAAGAUUUUUUAAUAGUGGUUUUGCAGUGUACGGCUUGAAUUUUCUGGACUUGAAUUAACUGGAGGAGAGCCUCAAGCUAUAGUAACUUCAUUUUUUAAAACUACCACAACUUGGCUUACUGAUUUAUAUUGUAAUGUAUCAGAGAUGUCCCUGUCAGAGAAAUAGAAACACUGCCAACUUGGUUUACUUCAAGCUUUCACUUAACUAAAACAUUCUUUUCUUCUAAGACUUAUUUUUUGUGAUCAUUUUUGGUUAUUUAUUUGAUUGCAAAAUAUUACAGCCUGGAGACUAUAAAACCGUACACUUGUUAGGCCAGAUAUUGUCCUAGUGAGGAUACAUUUGGGUCACUUUGCUGCUCCUGGGGUGGUCCAAGGCUCAGCAGCAUCAGCUUUAUCUGUUGCUUGUUAGAAGUGUUCUGUCAGGCCCCACAACCUGCUUGCUUAAUGGGAAAUCCAGACAGGUAUGCUCAUUAAAGGUUGAGGCACACUGACCUGAAUGAAAAUGGGGAUAUACGAUAUGUGUGCUAGGGUAGGGUACGGGGGGAGAGGAAUUUUCAACUCAGGUUUUAUUUAUUUUGAAAUUAUCAGUUUUAUA